UAAAACAUUAACCAGCAGCAUAAAAAACAUAUAACCAGCAGAAAGAAAGAAAGGAAAUGUUAAUGUUUACCUCUCAGAACUGUAAUUGCUUAAUUGUGAGUAUUUUUCUGCCUCUUCGGUGUCUGAACAGGGAGUGAUUUUCAUAUUUCAGCGCCCCCUGGUGGUAGAUUUUGCACAAUAACAUGCUGGGUGACUUUCAAACGGCUGAAUUUCUUUGCUGGUGAUUGUUUGUAGGAGUGUCUAAAGCUCAGUUUCUGUUUCAUUCCCUAAUCAGCAGAGGACCAAACCAGAAGCACCAGUGUCACAACCUGAACCUCCAUCUGUGCAGUGGUGGAAUGGAGAGGAAAAGAACUCGGUUAAGACUCUUUUCGGAAGAAGAAGAUAGGGACAGGAGAUCUAGCCAAAGGUGUAGAAAGAGAGUCAGAUAUUUUGGAGAUGAUGAGGACGAAGACGAGGAAAAUGAGCAACCAGGCCCAUCCACCAGGAAAACCCACAACCAGAGGACACAAGAAAACAGAUUCUUACAUGUAACCUGUGGAAACAAGAAGGGCAUCCUGGAUGUAGGAAAGCUGGACAGAGGCAAGGAGUGUAUUAAGUGUGAAGGUCGCUGGUUUGCUCCACCUGCCUUUGAGGACUUUGGAGGGAAAGGGCACAGUAAAAAAUGGAAAACAAGUAUUUUCCAUGACAAUAAGCCUCUACAGUUUUGGUUUGAGAAAGGUUCUUUAACCACUAAGGGAUUUAAAAGGAGAAGAACUGAGACUGCAAAGCAUAAGAAAAUCCUGUCAUCAGACCAUGAAUCAGGGAGCCUUUCUGAAGAGUCAGAAAUAAGCCUACAAUCUGCUGAAGAUACUGUGGAAGAUGAUGUUGACGAUGAAGACUGGCAUCCAAGCAGUGAAGAACUGGCACCAGUGACAGAGGAGGAGGAAAGGGUAGGGACUGAAAAAGGAGGAGAGGUUGUAGAAGAGGAAGAUAAACUGGAAAAGGGAGAAAUGGAAGAUGAGGAUAUUCCUGCUGAUGCUGAUAGCGACAGUGACAACCAUGUAUUUGAAGUUUUUCUGGUGAAGUGUAGAAGUGAGAACUCAGGGCACACAGAUGUUGCCACCUCUGGCCAAUAUGCAGCACAAUUACAAGAGAUGGCGCAAGAGAAAAGGUGUACCCAAACAGUCCAAGCCUCAGACAUGUUGGAGGGUCCAUCCUCCGGGCCCUCAGCUGGCUUUAAUCUGGAUACGAUGGACCUUGAUCAGCUAAAGAGAGAGAAAAUAAAAAUGCAGUUGAAAGUCUUAAAGUUACAAGAGGAAUACUACACCCUGCAAAUAAAGAAAUUUAAACAAUGAAA